AUGGCUGAAGACGGCGCCGUAACGGUCUACAAUACCAACGCCAUUACCGAUACCAAGAAGAACAACCCAUUUUCCAUUAAGGUCGGAUUAGCUCAAAUGCUUCGCGGUGGAGCUAUUCUCGAAGUUACCAACAUCGACCAAGCUAAGCUCGCCGAAGAUGCCGGUGCUUGCUCUGUUAUUGUAUCGGAACCGGUAAUCCACCGAGGGAUUUCUCGAAUGGCUGAUCCAUCUCUUCUUAAGGAGAUUAAGCGAGCUGUUUCGAUCCCUGUAAUGGCGAGAUCUAGAGUUGGGCAUUUCGUUGAAGCUCAGAUAUUAGAAGCCAUCGGUGUUGAUUACAUCGAUGAGAGCGAAGCUUUGGCUUUGGCCGACGAGGAUAAUUUCAUCAACAAGCAUAAUUUUCGAACACCAUUUCUUUGUGGUUGUCGAAAUCUUGGGGAGGCUUUGAGCAGGAUUAGGGAAGGAGCCGCUAUGGUAAGGACUCAAGGGGAAUUAACAGGUUCAGGUAACGUUUCCGAGACUGUACGGAGCUUGAGAUCAAUAAUGGGGGAGAUUAGGGUUUUGAACAACAUGGAUGAAGAUGAAGUGUUUGCCUUUUCGAAGAAGAUAGCUGCGCCUUAUGAUCUGGUUGCUCAGACCAAGCAAAUGGGUCGUCUUCCCGUAGUUCAAUUUGCCGCCGGAGGGAUUGUGACACCGGCCGAUGCGGCACUGAUGAUGCAAUUGGGAUGCGACGGUGUUUUUGUGGGUUCGGAGAUUUUCAAUUCUUCUGAUCCGUACAAGCGUGUGAGGGGCAUAAUUCAGGCUGUUAGGCAUUACAAUGAUCCCCAUGUGCUUGUGGAAACGAGCACUGGUUUGGCUGAUGCCAUGGCUGGUCUGAACCUCAAUGAGGAUAGGAUUGAACAGUUUUAAGUUUAAACCAUGGUUGUCUCUUUGAGGUUUAUAUACUUUACUUAGUGAAGAGUUGCUUUGCUUGUUUUUGGGUAUCAGUUGUACUUCAAAUCUGAUCUUAAACUUGCUUUUUAUAUAAUGUUGAAGCAUAGAUGAGUGAGAAUAAUAUUCUGGUUUUGUUCAUAAAA